GAACGUGACAAGCUGCUAAGGUACAGGAAGCAAAGGAAAAAAAUGACAAGAAUUCCUAAGAAGCCGGUCGUGGAGACGUUUUUUGGCUAUGAUGAAGAAGCUUCCUUGGAGUCUGAUGGUUCCUCUAUCUCAUACCAAACCGACCGGACGGAUCAAACCCCUUGCACUCCUGAAGAUGACUUGGAAGAGGGCAUGGCCAAGGAAGAGACAGAACUGCGGUUUCGGCAGCUGACGAUGGAGUACCAGGCCCUGCAACGAGCCUACGCCCUAUUGCAAGAACAGGUCGGAGGAACAUUGGAUGCAGAACGAGAAGUUAAGACCCGUGAGCAGCUCCAGGCAGAGAUACACCGCUCGCAGGCGCAGAUAGAAGACCUGGAGAAGGCCCUGGCUGAGCAGGGGCAGGACAUGAAGUGGAUUGAAGAGAAGCAAGCACUGUAUAGAAGAAACCAAGAACUGGUAGAAAAGAUAAAGCAGAUGGAAGCCGAGGAAGCCCGUUUGAAACACGAUGUCCAGGACGCGAAGGACCAAAAUGAGCUCCUGGAGUUCAGGAUCUUGGAGCUUGAAGAGAGAGAAAGACGCUCGCCAGCCAUCACCUUCCACCACGGCCCCUUCACAGAGGGGAAGAGCCCCCUGCAGGUGUACUGCGAGGCAGAAGGUGUAACAGACAUAGUAGUAGCAGAGCUGAUGAAAAAAUUGGACAUUUUAGGGGAUAACGCCAAUCUGACCAACGAAGAGCAAGUAGUUGUCAUACAAGCAAGGACCGUCCUCACGCUGGCCGAGAAGUGGCUCCAGCAGAUAGAGGUGACGGAGUCUGCGCUGCAGCAGAAGAUGCUGGACCUGGAGAACGAAAAGGAGCUGUUCAGCAAGCAGAAGGGCUACCUGGACGAGGAGCUCGACUUCAGGAAGCAGUCCUUGGACAAAGCUCACAAGCAAAUUCUGGAAUUAGAAGCCAUGCUCUAUGAUGCCCUGCAGCAAGAAGCUGGAGCCAAAAUUUCCGAACUUCUUUCAGAAGAGGAGAAAGAGAAACUGAGGAGCGCCGUAGAGCAGUGGAAGCGGCAGGUCAUGAGCGAGCUCCGGGAGAGGGACGCCCAAAUCCUGCGGGAGAGGAUGGAGCUCAUCCAGCACGCACAGCAGAGAAUUAAAGAGCUAGAAGAAAGAAUUGAAGGCCAAAAAAGACAGAUAAAAGAGUUAGAGGAAAAGUUUUUAUUUUUGUUUUUAUUUUUCUCUUUAGCUUUCAUUCUUUGGUCAUAG